AGAGAGAGAAAGCCCCCUCGCUAUGGCUGUGAGCAGCGAUUGCGCGAGCAGGGUCAACAGCAAGUGCAGCUGGAGCCCGGGCGAAGAGAAAAGCCCCGAGGCUGCCGCGGGAGAGGGAGCAUUAGAAGCCGGCUGCAACGGCUGCUGUUCCUCGGUUGGGCCGGAGGACGCGGAGAGGAGCACCGCCGCCACCACCACCACUCACAGUAGCCGGAGUAAAGGGGUAGUAGGCGCCUCGAGCGGCGAGGGCGCUUUCCCUCCGGGCUGGAAGUCCUGCAAACUUUCCUGGGCUCUGGGCGCAGGCUCGCUGGCGCUGCUCUUGGCGCUGGGGAUCCGCCUGGUGCGCAGCGCCGCGGAGGAAGCCGAGGCGGCGGCGGCGGCAGCGGUGGAGGAGGCGGCGGCAGCCGAGGCCGAUCCCGGCGCAGGCCCCCCGCCAGGUGGGAGUUGGCCCCCGAUCCCCGGCGCUGCGCUGGGCUGCUGCCUCCUGGCCGCCUACUUCUGGCUGGGCUGGGACUUGCUGCGCGCCGGGGUCCGCCUGCGCACGGCCGCGCUGCUCGUGGCCGCCUGCUGCGGGGGGGAAGCGCUGGCGCAGAUUGGCUUGGCCCUGGGGGAGGACCGCCUGCUCUCCUUCGCCGCCACAGGGGUGGUGCUCGGCUGCCUGGCCGGCGGGACAUGGCUGGCGCUGCGGCUCCGCCAGGGCGUCCUCAUGAUCGCCUUGACUAGCGCGCUGCGGAUCACCUCGCUCGUCUCCUUGGAGGGCGUCCGGGCGCCGUGGAGACCUUACCUGGCGUAUCUGCUCGCCUUGCUGGGCAUCCUCCUGGCCGGCUGCGCGCCGCACGCCUCGCGGGCCCGCCGCGCCGCCGCGCCGCGGGAGGGGGAAGAAGACCGAGGAGGGGCGGAAGGAGCGGAGGCGGCGGCUGCUGCGCCUGGCCGGCCGGCCAAGGAAGAGGUGCCGGGGUUUAAGAGGAGGCGGCGAUCCAGUUCCAUGAUCUCCGCCGAGAUGGCGGGCUGCGGCAACAAAUCUCAUCGCAGGACCUCUCUGCCUUGCAUCCCUCGGGAGCAGAUCAUGGGACAUUCUGAAUGGGAUCACAAACGAGGACCACGAGGAUCGCAGUCUUCAGGUACCAGUAUCACAGUUGAUAUCGCCGUCAUGGGAGAAGCUCAUGGACUCAUUACAGAUCUUUUGGCAGAUCCUUCCUUACCACCCAAUGUCUGCACCUCCCUACGAGCAGUGAGCAACCUCCUUAACACACAGUUAACCUUCCAAGCUAUUCACAAGCCAAGGGUCAGCCCUUUGGCCUCCUUCAACGAGAACUAUACCUGCUCCGACUCAGAGGAAUGCACGGAGAAAGGAGAAAAACUGACUAUUCCCAAGCGCCUCCGGAAAAGUCUGCCACCAGGUCUUCUGCGGCGAGUGUCAUCCACUUGGACCACAACCACAUCUGCCACCGGCUUACCUACCUUGGAGCCAGCUCCAGUGCGAAGAGACCGCAGUGCGAGCAUCAAACUUCAUGAUACUUCGUCAUCCAGCUCCGAUCCGUGGAACAAUUCCCUCCUGAUGACCAUCACCAAAAGCAGAUCGUUCUCUGCCUCCUAUGCAAUGUCUGCUGCCAACCAUCUGAAUUCAAAAAGGCCAAGCCGACAAGGUAUCCCACCAAAUAUUUCACCUCUCACUUCUCCAAGCCAUUCGCCCAUCCAGGGCACUCCAGCCAACAGUCCCACCAGCAAGACCUCAAACGAACAAUUCCCGGAGUCGACCGUCACUGCCGCUAAGCAAACCAGCAAGCCCCACAGGAUCUUGGGUUGCACUCUGAGCGCGCCUAACUUAUCGGAGCCUGUUGUGGCCACUCCUGUCAUUUGCAGCAGCUGCGGCAGGCCGUACAACCAAAUAGAUCCCGGGGAGGGAACGUUGGACAGAAAUGAUGGAGCAGCACACACCUUGAACAGAACAGACGAUCUGGCGCAAGCCACCUCUGACUACGAAACGAACAACAGCGACAGCAGCGACAUCGUGCAGAACGAUGAGGAGGCGGAUUGCUCCAAGGAGCAGGCACAGACGGGAUCCGUUUGCAGGACUUAUUCUCCGGAGACAAUCAUAUUGCAUCCGUUGUUGCCGCCUGAGGACAAGCCUAUUCUUGCCCCAGAGCCUCUAAUAAUGGACAAUUUGGACCCUCUUAUGGAUCAGCUAAACAGUUGGAAUUUCCCCAUCUUUGAUUUGGUAGACAAGAUAGGAAAGAAAUGUGGUCGGAUCCUAAGCCAGGUAUCCUACAGGCUCUUUGAAGACAUGGGGCUAUUUGAAACCUUUAAAAUUCCUGUGAGAGAGUUUAUGAACUACUUCCACGCUCUGGAGUGUGGAUACCGAGAGAUACCUUAUCACAACAGGAUCCAUGCCACUGAUGUCCUUCAUGCUGUGUGGUACCUUUCAACACAGCCUAUACCAGGCCUUUCAACUGUGAUUAACGACCAUGGGUCAGCAAGUGAUUCAGAUUCUGAUAGUGGGAUCACUCAUGGCCACUUGGGAUACGUCUUGUCGAAAACAUACGCACCAACAGAUGACAGCUACGGCUGCUUGGCUGGCAACAUCCCUUCCCUGGAACUGAUGGCCCUCUAUGUAGCUGCUGCCAUGCAUGACUAUGAUCACCCAGGAAGAACCAAUGCCUUCUUGGUUGCAACCAGCGCUCCUCAGGCUGUUUUGUACAAUGACCGUUCUGUAUUGGAGAACCAUCAUGCCGCUGCCGCAUGGAACCUCUUCAUGUCCAGGCCGGAAUAUAACUUCUUAGUCAACCUUGAUCAUGUGGAGUUCAAGCACUUUCGGUUCCUUGUCAUUGAGGCAAUUUUGGCCACUGAUCUGAAGAAGCACUUUGACUUUGUAGCUAAAUUCAAUGCCAAGGUGAAUGAUGACGUUGGCAUUGAUUGGACGAAUGAGAAUGACCGCUUGUUGGUUUGCCAGAUGUGCAUCAAACUGGCUGACAUCAACGGGCCAGCGAAAUGCAAAGACUUGCACCUGCAAUGGACGGAGGGAAUCGUCAAUGAAUUUUAUGAACAGGGUGACGAAGAAGCCAGCUUGGGUCUCCCAAUCAGCCCUUUCAUGGACCGCUCUGCUCCUCAGUUGGCAAACCUCCAGGAAUCCUUCAUCACUCACAUUGUGGGACCUCUGUGCAACUCCUACGACUCAGGAGGGCUCAUGCCCGGGAAAUGGAUUGACGAUAACGAUGAUUCUGGGGAUACAGACGAACAGGACGAGGAAGAUGCAUCAGACAUGGACACCUGUGAAAACCCCGAAUCAAGAAAGAAGAGGCGGAAAGUCUACUGCCAGAUAACUCAGCACCUCCUCGAGAACCAUCAGAUGUGGAAGAAAGUCAUUGAGGAGGAAGAGCGGAGAGCUGGGACAGAAAAGCAAGCCCUGGAGCCGCCGGCAACAUUGCACCAACCCUCUGAACAAAUCGAGGCUAUUAAGGAGGAGGAGGAGGAGAAAGGGAAGCCCAGAGGGCAAGAGGACAGCAUAGCCCUGGAAACGAACCAAUGACAAUGGUAGAAUUUUGAGCAGUAUUUGAAGAGCAAGAAUGACUUGCAUCCCAGUUCCUUUUACAAGCCAGCACAACAUUUAGACACAACACUGUAGAAAUACGGGAUAACGAUGCACCCUCCAGCUCUUUGGGUUCUUUGUUUCUCUUUCCAUUUUAUUUUAUUUUUAACAGUGAGGUACAUUGUUUAAGCUCUUAUGCUCAAAGAAGCUUUCACACUGCAGCACCAACUUUUACAGACUUUCGUAUGGGGCGGGGAAUUAUAAAUAUAUAUAAUUAUAUAUAUUAUAUAUAUAUAAAAAAAAUAUUAGCCUGGG